AUGACGCUUCUGCUUCGCGAAGAUGACAAGGUCUACAAGGUUCUCGAAUUGUUGGGCCACUUUCAAGACAAAGGAAGCUGUCUGAUCUUCGUCGAGAAGCAAGAAAGUUCAGACGAAUUGAUGCGUGUUCUUAUGAAAUAUGGAUACCCUUGUCUUUCAUUGCACGGAGGUAUUGAUCAAUACGAUCGAGAUAGUGUGAUCACCGACUUCAAACGUGGCAAUGUUCGCGUGCUGGUCGCUACUUCAGUGGCAGCCCGAGGUUUGGAUGUACUAGACCUGGUACUGGUGAUUAAUUACGAUUGUCCAAACCACUACGAAGACUAUGUGCACAGAUGCGGGUAG